AUGGAGACCGCCGCUUGCGAUCAGGUCUGGCAGACUGAGGAGCUACGGGACAUGAUCCUGCUCCAUCUUCCGCUCCGACGUCUGCUGACAGUCCGACAAAUAUGCAAGGCAUGGUGCAACUCUCCGCUAAUCAACCAGGUCUUGUUCCUCAACCCCGGACAAGGCCCAAGAAUCGAGUACGCGGCGGACGAAGUGAAGGGAAAUGCAUGGAAGACGGUCGCUGGUGGUGGAACAGUCUCGCGGACCGACGGAAGACCUAUCCUGCACAGCGGUGGACACGAGCUAACCCAUAAGCCCAUCGUCAACCUGAUUCUCUGCGACUUGGAAUUGCUGUACAUUGGCUGGGAGGAUGGUGCAUUUCCAGGCUGCCUGGUCGUGAGAACUUGGGAAGGUCACCUGCAGGACACUUCCAGUGGUGAAUCCUUCUUACAGAUGCAGCUCACAUACCCGCCUGCCCAGAAGCUGUCUUUCACGUGUCUCGGUGAUGAACUGCUGCAGAAUCUGGAUGCUCAGGAAGGUGAUGCCGACGAGCCCGAGGACAGCGAUUACACCUGGUUCGACGUGACAAAGGACACUGGCGUCACGGUCCGCGACCUGAUCGAGGCGAUGCGAGCUCACUUUCAUGGCUGCAGUGUCUGCAUGCAAGAAGCCGAUGACUCCGAGUUCUUCUGGCGUCUGCACGGUGCUCACAAGCUCGCUGAUCGCGAACGUAUGAGAUCAGGACACCGUUUGUUAGCGGCGAUGAGGAGGCGUACUAUCAAGAAGGAGAAUCAGAACAGCCGCCCAUGA